AUGGCUCCCUCUAUCACCGAGCCCGCUGUACCUGCAGUCCAUACUGUAGAAGGCAAGCAGCCCCCUUUGAAAGGAACCGAGCGUGUGCCUUUAAAACUGAAUGGUGCUCUGGAUGCCUUUGAGUCAUUCGAUGUCACACCAAUCAUUGGACGCGAGUUUCCCAACGCAAACCUAAAGGACUUCCUGCGUGCUCCGAACUCCGAUGAACUGCUUCGAGACCUUGCAAUUACCGUGUCCCAGCGAGGAGUUGUAUUCUUCCGAAAGCAAGAUGGUCUCGACGACGACCUGCAGAAAGAAUUGGCUCAGCGUCUUGGAGAGCUUUCGGGUAAACCGCGAACUUCGGGGCUACAUAUUCACCCCGUUGCAAAUUCAGGCCGAGAUCACAGCGUCAAGGAUGACGAAAUCAGCGUGAUCAGCUCACAGUUGCGGCAGAAGUUGUACUCAUACCGUAAUACUCGCAAACAAACCGCCAGAAGGGAAUGGCAUAGCGACAUCACUUUUGAGCCCAUUCCAAGCGACUACACAAUUUUGCGUUUGACAGAGCUCCCUAAGACUGGUGGUGGUAAGCAUAAGACAUCUUUCUCAUCAGAUUUGCAGAGCUCAUGCAUUAGUCCAGAUACUCUGUGGGCUUCUGGCUACGAGGUAUACGACCGCCUUUCGCGGCCAUACCAGAAAUUUCUAGAAGGGUUGACUGCUACGUAUGCACAGCCUCGUUUCAACCAGGCAGCUAAAGAGAGCGGCUUCGAUAUUUAUAGCCAACCUCGCGGCGCCCCUGAGAAUGUCGGAGAUGAACUACGCGCUGAACACCCAGUAAUCCGCACCAACCCUGUCACAGGAUGGAAAAGUGUCUUCGCCGUGGGCAGCCAUGUUGAAAAGAUCAACGAAGUGACCGAGGAAGAGAGCAGACAUCUCCUCGACUGGUUUGUAAACUUGAUUGUUGAGAAUCAUGAUCUGCAAGUGCGCUAUCGUUGGCAAAAUCCCAAUGAUCUCGCUAUCUGGGAUAAUCGGUCAGUAUAUCACGCAGCGACCUGGGACUAUGAAGAGAUCGGUCCACGGACUGGUCACCGCGCUGUCGGUCUUGGAGAAAGGCCGUAUUUGGACCCAAAGAGCACUGGAAGACGGGAAGCGCUUGAGAAAGGCGAAUAA